CCCGUCCCGUCCGCCCGGACUUUUGCUCCCGGUCGGGCCCGCGUUGUUCCGGGCCAUGUGAACCAUAGGGUCGGUCCGCUGGGCCGCUACCGAACCGGUGCCGGUAUGGAACGCAGGAAAGUCUUCGUGGCGCUCGACGUGCUCUGCGUGGUGGUCGCAUCUCUGCCCUUUGUCAUCCUGACGCUGGUGAACUCCCCGUACAAACGAGGCUUCUACUGCAACGAUGACUCCAUCCGCUACCCCUACAAGGCAGACACCAUCACUCAUGGCCUCAUGGCUGGGGUCACCAUCACCUGCACUGUUCUCAUUAUCACCUCGGGGGAGGCAUACCUGGUCUACACGGAGCGCCUCUACUCCAAGUCGGAGUACAACAACUACCUGGCUGCCCUCUACAAGGUGGUGGGGACCUUUCUUUUCGGGGGGGCCAUCAGCCAGUCCCUCACCGACCUGGCCAAGUACAUGAUCGGCCGCCUCCGGCCCAACUUCUUGGCAGUCUGCAAUCCUGACUGGUCCAAGGUGAACUGCUCCAUCUAUGUGCAGCUGGAGAAUGUCUGCCGAGGGGAGAGCAGGAACGUCACCGAGUCCAGGCUGUCCUUCUACUCCGGGCACUCCUCCUUUGGGAUGUAUUGCAUGAUGUUCCUGGCGCUCUACGUGCAAGCCCGGCUGGUGGGGAAGUGGGCCCGGCUGCUGCGUCCCACCAUCCAGUUCUUCCUCCUCGCCUUCGCCAUCUACGUGGGCUACACGCGGGUCUCUGACUACAAGCACCACUGGAGCGAUGUUCUGGCUGGGCUUCUCCAGGGCGCGCUCAUCGCCAUCCUCAUCGUUCGCUACGUGUCCGACUUCUUCAAGCAACGUCCGCCCCGGCAGUGCGAUGAGAAGGACCCGGAGCGCAAACCCAGCCUGCCGCUAACCCUGAGCGACACCGACCGCAAUCACUACAGCUACGCGGGCGCCCCGUGAGCCGCACACGGGGCCCAGACUGUGGGAGUGGAGGGGUGGGGGGGGUGAAACAUGGGGCCUGUGUCCACCAAUGGCUCCAUCGCACUGCGUCGCAGCCCUGCCCUUCCCCGCUCCCAGCAGUGCCACGGCUUUGGGAUCUGCGGGGCAGGGGAAGGCCUUGGGCCUGGGCUGGGGUCUGCAGGGCAGGGGAAGGCCUUGAGCCUGGGCUGGGAUCUGCAGGGCAGGGGAAGGCCUUGGGCUUGGGCUGGGGUCUGUGGGGCCCGGGAGCAGGGCAGGGGGAGGUCUUGGGCCUACGCCAGCACUGUGAGGCCUACCCCAGUGCUCUGAGGCCUAUCCCGGCACCCCGAGGCCUAUCCUGAGGCCUAUUCCCGCACCUUAAGGCCUAUCCUGAGGCCUAUCCCUGCACUCAUAGGCCUACCCUGAGGCCUAUCCCGAGGCCUAUCCCUGCACCCUGAGGCCUAUCCCGAGGCCUAUCCCUGCACCCUGAGGCCUAUCCCGAGGCCUAUCCCUGCACCCUGAGGCCUAUCCCGAGGCCUAUCCCUGCACUCCCAGGCCUAUCCCAAGGCCUAUUCCAGCGCUGCAUGCCCUUAUCCCUAUCAGACACUACCACCUUAGGAGCACAAACCCUCACAGCACAACGGGAGGAGGACAGCCUGCUGGGCCAGCGCUGCUUUUAUUUGGAAAGGAUUGAAGCAGCCCAGAGCUCAGCUCUGUUCCCUGAUGAACUUUAACAGCCGCUUGGUGCAGCACGGGGCUGCUCCAACCCUUUGGGCACUGCGGUUUCGGUGUGUCCUCUAUGGGGUGGUUGGGGCAGGGGGAAAUCUUCUGUGGUAAAGGGGGUGGGGGGGUGGGGAAAGGGACGUGGAGCUGCACUUGGGGCUCUUAUCACUGGGGGAAGGUGGGAAAUGGGCCGCAUCCGUCCUAGCUCUGAGCUGCAGCCGCCUCUGGCAUGGGUGAGCUGUGGGCCUGGAGAGAAGCGACAUGCGUUUGCAUGAUGAUGUGUUUUUGUAAAAAUGUGUUUUUUAAAUUAGAUCAUCGAGAAAGAA